UCAACGUCGCCAAUUCCAUCACUCCAUCGCCAAUCCCUUCACAUAAGCUGCCUGUUGGGUAUCCCGACAUUCUUGACGGUGAAACAGUCGUCAAAAUCACGUACGAUAAAUCAAAAGAAGAACGAAUUCUUGGAAUCAAGUUUCACACAAAACUGGAAACCACCAAGGAUACUCUGGAGGACUUUGCUAGGCGUGGGUGGUAA